AUCCCAAACACCCUCCCUCCUCUUGUACCCAAAAAAGAAAACACGCACGCGCGCCCCCUCCUUCCUUCCUCUACUCAACCGGGUUCCAUCCCAAACCCUUCCCUCGUCUCCUUCGUUCCCCCCUUUUCGCACCAGAUGAAACGAAACAGAGCAGAGCAAGCGCCCUCCAAAGCCGCCAAAACCCAGCGCCGCUACAAGGAUCCACCCCCCAAGAGGACGGAGUGGCCAAGGGCGGAGCCACCAGAAAAGCCCCGCAAGGGCGGCGGAGCCGACAAGAGCUCGGCCGCGGCCACCGCCGUGGACUCCUCUGGCCCCGCGGCGCCGGUGCCUGCGCAGGCGGAGGAGCAGGAGCGGCCUCUGGGGUGGGACGAGUUCGGGGGGUGGUGGUGGUGGGGCGCGGAGGAGGAGAUGCUCCUGGGCUGGUUCCCCUUUGUGGAGGAGGACUUCCUCUGCUCCGAGAACAGGGAAGGGUCUGGGCUCUUCUGGGAGGAGGAGGACCACGAUAUCUGGCAACUCCAACACAUCAAGGAGAUCCCCAACCAAGCCAAAUGAUGCGAGAAACAUGGGAGCUUUUGGAAAGGAAAAGUCUCUCGCUAAGAAUGGCAGUUUUAGAGAGUAGGAGAAAACAUAGAAACAGAGGAUAAAGGUGUUAGUUUUCUUUCUUCAUUGUUUUUCUCUCUCUGGUUUUCUCUGUGCAGAAGUAGAAGCUCCUGAGAAGGAUACACUGAGAAACGUUUCAAUCUUAGUCCAAGUAUAUUGGUUUACAUUGAUUCCUUAUGCUUUUGAAAGGCUUGAUGGAGAAGGCAAUACAUCAGUUUCAGCUCUCUCUCUCUCUUCUCAUGUGCUGGAUUUUUUUAAAAAUUUUUCUCUUCUUGUUCUUUUGGGCUUGUUCCUUCGGUUCUUCUCAUUUCCCUUUUUAUAAGAAAUGAGAAGCCAUUUAAUACGAGGACUCAUUGCAAUGUGGCCUAAAA